AGAUGUGGGUAAAAUUGAAUCCUUUGUGAAAAGUUUGCAGAAGUCUAGACUUAGAGUACUAAAAAAGUUAAAAUACUCACAUAUGGUUAAAUGUCAGGCAAUUAUUAAAAAUUUGUAGGCCUGAGAAAGUAACAUUAAUUACCCGUAGCUUAGUGAUUAUUUACUCUUUGAUCAGUUACGAAAUAAUCGAAUAGUGGUUUUCUUCACGUUUCAAGAUAGUUCUGGGGAAAUUUUAGUUUACAACAUAACAACUCCAAUUUUUGUUUUUAUUUUGAUUUCGAUCGAGAUUCGAACACGGAAGUCGCUUUUCUCGUUGUCGGUUGUUGAAACUCGCAUCUCGGAUAGCAUUGCGAAACAUGUCCUAUUACCGUUUAGAAGUUAUCGAAAAUUGAACAAAUUAUGGUGAAAAAUAUAACCGAUCCGUGAUACGGGGAGUGAAACAUGGCUACGCGAGGAGAAAAAACGAAUGGAAAUGGCGAGGAGCAGAUCGUUGAGACGUUGGCCGAGGUGUUCCGGUGCUUCAUCUGUAUGGAGAAGCUGGUGGAUGCGCACCUCUGUCCUCACUGCUCGAAGCUCUGCUGUUACGCCUGCGUGCGCCGAUGGCUCACGGAGCAGCGCUCCCAGUGCCCGCACUGCCGCGCAGCCCUGCACCUCCAUGAGCUGGUGAACUGCCGCUGGGUCGAGGAAGUCACGCAGCAAAUCGAAACCAUGCAACAGACCAAUUCUCUUUGUCUGAGAGAAAACUUUCGGGACAGAUGUCCAACUCAUCAAGAGAAGUUGACGGUCUACUGCUGGACGUGUCGGCGCUGCAUCUGCCACCAGUGCGCUCUGUGGGGCGGCACACACUCCGGCCACAACUUCAAGCCUCUGGAGGAGGUGUACGAUCAGCAUGUGAGCCAGAUUCGGGAGGAGGUCUCACAGUUGAGGCGACGGCUUAUGGAGCUCAUAAGUCUUGUACAAGAUGUGGAACGGAAUGUAGAAUCCGUGCGCGCGGCCAAGGACGAGCGCGUUCGGGAAAUCCGAAACGCUGUGGAGCUCAUGAUCUCUCGCCUGGACUCCGCCUUGAAGGCCAAGCUGCUCACACUGAUGGGCCAGAAGAACAGCCUCACCCAGGAGACGGAGCAACUGGACCAUUUGCUGCAGGAAGUGGAACACCAGCUUCAUACCAGCACUAGAUCUGAACUGAUAGCCAAAAGUGGUGAAUUAUCCAAAAUGAUUUACCAAGUGCGAAAGAAGCCGAUGGCUAGUUUCGUGACUGCGCCCGUACCGGCUGAUUUUCAUAGUGAAAUCGUCCCGAGCUACGACAGCAGCACGUUCCCGCUGGCCAACUUCACGCAGCUGCAGCACGCCGCGGCGCCCGUGUACUCCGCCGCGCUGCACGUCAACGGGCUGUGCUGGCGGCUCAAGGUGUACCCCGACGGCAACGGCGUCGUGCGCGGCAACUACCUGUCCGUGUUCCUCGAGCUCAGCGCCGGCCUGCCUGAGACAUCCAAAUACGAGUAUCGAGUGGAGAUGCUGCACCAAGUGUCUCGGGAUCCGUCCAAGAACAUCGUACGAGAGUUCGCUUCGGACUUUGAGGUGGGAGAAUGUUGGGGCUACAACCGAUUCUUCAGACUCGAUCUACUGGCCAGCGAGGGAUAUCUCAACCCCGAUACGGAUACGCUUAUAUUGAGGUUCCAAGUCCGGCCGCCGACAUUCUACCAGCGAUGUCGCGACCAACAGUGGUACAUUAGCCAGCUGAUUACCAUGCAGAACCAACACGUCCUACAAAUCAAUGAUCUCAAAGAGCGCUUGACAUUAGAAAUGUCUCGCAACUCGAUGGCUGCGACGCGCGUCUCGCCCAGCGGCUCGGUGACGUCACAAGGCAACGCGAGCGCCGACGCCGACAACCCGGCACAGAACAACCCCGUGGACGGCAACAGCAUGGCCGACGCCAUGUUGUACAGCAAGCAGUACGGCAAGUUCAUGAUGCCGCACAACAUCGGCAACGUCGCCAGCCGCCAGAUGCUGCCCAGUCCAGGCGCGGCCGCACCGGAGGAGGCGUGCAACAGCGCCGUGUGCCGCUUCGGCGAGUACGUCGAGAGCUCCCGCUCCACUCAGCACGCUGUCGACAAUGUCCCUCCUGUACCCUCCACUACCAGGUCCGCAAACCCGCUACAACAGCCGCAAGCCGACAGCUUGGCGCUGGUGAGUCUCCACACGCUGCUGAAUGCGGCGGGCGGACCCGGCCUGGCGCGCGGCGCACGCGCGCGUACGCGCCCCGACAAGCAGCCCGCCGCCGACGCGCCGCUCACUGCGGUGGCUAGCACGCCAAUGCCGGAGGUGUCGUCGGCCAACAGUCCCGCGGCGCUGUGCUCGUCGCUGUCGUCGCCGGAGCUGAACGUGUCGGGCGCGGAGACGCCGGCCGAGGCCACGCCCCCCACCACCGACCCGCACCCCGCGCAGCCCGCCUCCGAGUCCAGCAGCGAUACUGGGGAUUUAAUGUUCAGCCAGUUGGAAUACGCGUUUGUGGGUGACAACUCUCAAAACCAAAUUGACGAAAACUCCAACGAGGAGAAUGAUGUUGACGAAGAGACUAUGUCAGGUGAAAAUGACAUUGAGGGCGCGUGCGACUCGAAUCGGUCGAACGAAGAAGGGGACAUUCUAAGUCGGCUCCUGUGCGCGGUGCACGGACGCGGCGUGACCCCCGCCGGCAGCGACGGGCCCGUGUCCCCCGCGCCGGGCCUCACCGGGCCUCCCGUGAUCUCGUCCUACGCCUUCCACCACCAGCCUUCCAUGCAGCAGGCGCCCAAGCCAGCGCGGCCCGACGACCCCCAGAUGUCUACAGCUGCUCACACUGAUAUGUUGCUGCUGAAUCUCAUGCGCAUCAACGGACUCACGCCGAAGUGCUGGAACGGCGGCAAGAACGUACCAAAACGUAACUGGGCGACGUCAUCACAAAGCGACCCCACAAUGCAGCACACGAGCUGGGGCGGAGCGACCCCCCGCCCGCAGCGCAGCGCCCCCGCGCGCGGCCGCCGCUCCCAGCGCUCCCCGCGCAACCCGCCGCUGUCCCCCGGACAGCUGCAGAGGGACCCGGCACCAGGCUCAGUCGGCUGGUCCAGCGCCCCCCGCGGCAGCUCGUCGAUGCCGCUGGCGGGCCCCGGCGGGCCGCUGUUCGAGUGCUACUGGCCCUCCGCCUCCUCGCUCAGCGACACCGACGACGUCGAGGUCAUUCUCGACUACAACGACACACUGUUCGAUAUGCUACUGAACAGCCUGACGUUAGAUAACUCCAACGUGGCGGAGUGUGACGACGCGCCGCCCGUGCAGCCGUGGAGCCCGCCGCGCGACCCGCGCGCCGACUGACCGCAACCGCACCCGCAGCCGCAACCGCAACCGCAGCCGCAACCGCAACCGUCGUCAUACCAGGCCGACUGCGACUUUCACAGCUACCGCGAAUAUCGGCAUUGAUUUUAAUUUAGCGAAUUAAUAUAAUUAUUUAUUUUCAUUAUUGAAGUAAAAUUUCUUUAAGGAAUAAAUUGGUGAAUGCGUUACAAAAACUGUAAUCGGGCGAUCCGAACGCACUUUGAGAGGAAGAGCGAAAGAUGUUUUAUCUCAGUUGUGUAGUCUUUAAGUCAUACUAGCUUUUUAUCUGAAUUUCUUGUUGCACUUCUCAGUUAGUUCCGCCUUUCGAACUGGCAGUGGUCGCCACAAACGUACAGUGGCGUGCACAAAGCUCUUAUCAAGGGUAGGCACUGGACAUACAUACUACGGUUUUUUUUUAAUUUAUUUAUUUAAUAUGUGCUUGUAAAGCGUCCGCAGCACUAGCACAAUUUAGACAAUCAAUUGAACAAUCUAGACACUAGUGACGUAUUUUUGCAGAAAAUGAUUGAGUUUAAUCGCGAGUAUUUUACUUUUAUCAUAGUUUUGAUAUAUGGAUCAAUUAAAAAUAUAAAAAUUAUGCAUCUUCCGUGUUGUGACCCAAUGAAUUGUUACCUUUACUGCCUAGUGUUCCUUGCAUAACAUAUGCGGUGUAUUUUUUAUGCUUUUCUUGCAUGCCAUAUGCAUGUUCGGUGCGAAGAUGGAACACGAUUAUGAUGAUGAUAUCACGAUUAUGAUGGCUGGUGAACGCAUAGACAUUUUGAUUUUUUUUAUUUGUAUUUGUAUUUGUUAGUCCUGUUUCACCAUUUUCUGACAAGUGUCUGAUUGCUAAUUCACAAGUUUUUUUUUCUCUAUCUAUCUCAUCUAUACUUAGUUUUAAGUUUUAAUGACUGAAUAUAUUUUUUUUCCUCUUUCUAGUAUUAUAGGGGUAAAAUUUGUAAGUUUCUGAGGUUGUAAUCUUCGAAUCUAUUGGAAGUCGAUUUUGAAAAUUUUUUUACCAAUAGAAAGCCACGUUAUUUGUGAAUAGGCUAUAUAUCUCCAAAUUCCCACGGGAACGGGAACUACGCGGAUAAAAUUGCGGGGCGUUGGCUAGUUUGAAGUAAGAAAGUGACAAAUCUUACGUUUAGACUAACCGGCAAUUAUCAGUAAGUGGUGUAACCGGGGCAUGUAUUAAUACUCGUCGAGAUAUUAUAGCGUUGAGAGCAUGAGACUUGGACACUGACUCGUUUUUUUUUGCUUGUACACUUCUAUGUACACUAUUAGACCUGCAGGCUUUGACAUAUAGAAAAUUAAAAUUCUAUGUAACAAAUGUCAUCUGGUCCCUAUUGGUAGAUAUCAUACAAUAUAUAGAUGACAUUUCUCCAUUUAUUUGAUGUUUAUUUUAAUAGGUUGGUAAUAAAGACCAAAAUAGUGAACUGACCAGCUGGUGAUUAUUCAGCAUGAACGUACGUACGUACGCAUGUAUGUGUGCGCUUUUACGUUAAAAAAGAUUUUUUCAAAAUAGUUAAAUAAUAGUUGUCAUGAGAUAUUUCUGCAUUACAAAUACUGCUUGAGAAAGUACUUUUAGUAUCUGAACGUCCUAUUUGAUCCGUAUUUAAUAAGUUCUUAUUUAAUUAUAUAAGAUAAAUAUUCAUCAAAUGGAAUGUCUAUUUCAUCGCUAUGGCUAUGGAAUAGCUGUUAUGGAGAACUAGCCCUAACUAUUUGUAUUGUAGUUGAAAGUCUACCGGAAUUAAUGUAAUAUUAAUUAAUUAUUUGUGGGAAAUUGUAUGUAGGGAUUUUGACAUUUAAUUUCAUGUAUUUGUAAAUAUGUCAUAUUAAAAAUCAUAGCUUGCUCCAUAUAACAUGAAGCUAAGUCUAUCUGAAAGUGGUUCUAAGUUUAUCUGAAAGGAGGUUUUAACUAACGCAAUAGUAUAAAUAUUUGUUUCUGGUAGUUUACAUAGAAGUCUGAUUGUACUUUGAACAUAAUAAUAUAAUCUGGUAUAGUUAAAUUAUUUUUAACUGGUACCUUACAUUGUGUUUAGGGAUGUAUUAAGAUAUUAUUUUUAAUCACUUUUUUUAGUUCAUUCAAAUCAUACAAAGUAUAUACCCUACACUAGCACUGUGAAAGUGUUAAGGUGUCAGAUAAAAACAAUUUAAAUAUACGAUGGUUUAAGUAAAUAAAAUGUUUUGGGCAUUAAAAUGUGUACUCAAAAUUUGAUCUCCGAUAUAUUAUUGUUAGUAUAUGGUCGUGACAGUAGAGAUGUUAAUUGUUUUCGCCUUCGUGGGCAGCGCUACAUGUUUUAGAAAUCGUUUAGACAUGAGGGUCAGAACUGGAGUAGAGGACUAUAGUUCACGCCGACGCUAUGCAUGAUCCAUGCAAUUCCAUGCAAUGAUCUAUGGAUCAUUUUAACUUAGAUUUAAAUGUAUUGCACACAUUAUUGACUUGAAUUCUUACUUUACGUUGUUAAGUGCAAUGAUGUUAAAUACUGUAAGAUGUGUUAAUAUGGUCUAUGGUCAUGGAAAAUGAGGCGUUCAAAAGAGGAAAUUUCCACAUCUCAAUGUUAGUUGUGGUCAACAACGAACGUUAUUUAAACAAAUGAUAUCUAAAUAUCGUCUACAACGUCGAGUUGUGUGUUCAGGAAGUGUAAAAACUAUAUGUACAUAAAUAAAUAAUGGAAUUAAAGACAAAAUUGUGCAUGUGUGCGCUCAGUUUUUGCGGUGAUUUUGUAGGGAUUUUGUAGGCACGUGUAUUAACAAGUCGAGUGAGAAAUAUAAAUUUCGAAAAUGUUGAAAAUCCUUUGAUGAAUUAUGGGAACUAUGAUAUUUCGUACAAUUAAUGACAUAAAUAUUGCACUUAACCAAAAAGUUUAAAAAUAACUCGUAACGUCAAAUUAUAAAAAACUUUGAUUUGAUCACUGACCCUAAUAUGUCUGAAGGUAGAUUAUUUGUCUAUUAAUAUAAAAUAACAUAAAUUUGAUGUUUUAAGAUCAGUAGAGAGGGCAUUUGUAUUAUAUGUGCGACACGAUAUGAGGACCGUUUUGCUUUUUGUGUGAAUAAUAAAUUGAAAGUAACGUUUGACCUCUUUAUUGUCAUUAGUAACAGAGUGCGAUGUAAUAUUUUAUUCUAUGAAGUAGAUAAAUUAACACGAAUAUUUAAUAUAAAAAAAAGUUAAAUAAAAAAAAUAAGUUAAGAUACAAAUUUAAUAUAGAAAAACUUUACUUGAGAAAACAGAUAAUGGUCGGAAAGGUGUGAAGGACAUUUUGACAGCUCCAACAUUCCAGAGCGCAAGCCAGACAGAGUGGCGCCGUAACGCGUUACGUUACGCGGAUUACUCAAGAAGUUAUCACAGUUGGCCCUGUUAUUGUGUUACACAUAUAAUGACACUCGUGUUAUGUAAUGUAGAUAAAAAAAAAUCCUAUUCUCAGUUAUUUUAAGUUGAUUUAUGAUAAUUAAUUUAAUGUAGUUAGACGAUUAAAUAAUAUUGAUGUUAUAAAUGUUCGAAUUCAUAUUGAUGUCCGAUUUUAAAAGCGCUUUUGAAGUAUGCCUCUUGAACUAAAGGAAUAUCUAUUUUUUGUUAGGUGUUCUAGGCUUCGUUCCAAUUUCCAGUUUACAGGUGUUGAAAUGAGACAGCUUAAAGUUUGCUUAAUUGUAGCGAUAUUACUAUUAAGUUAAGCAUAUACCGCGUCUGUGACUUUGUAUAUAUAGUGAAUUUUUAUCUAACUACUCUAAAUUCAAGAAAUCUAUCUUAAUUUUUAAAUAUGCUUGUCAGGGAUCCCUAGAACAUUUUGUACACCUGAUUACUAACAAACUAAUUUUUCGUGAGUAGCUUAAUUUCGAUGAGACUAUCAACUUUUGUACUUACGAAAAUUCUUGAUUCUGGUAGCUAACUGAGUUACCAGGAAACACCGUCGGAACGACAUAAUGUACCACACAAUUUGUAGGAUAAUGUGGUUGUUAAAUUGUAUAACUAUUAAUUAAUACAAGUUGGGAUUUUUUUUACUGUUGAUUAAUUAAUAGUUAUACAACUUAACAGCUACAAUGUCCUACAGAUUACGUGGUAAAUUAUCUUGUUCCGAAGCUAUAAAAUUUUCAUUUCCUGGUAACUCAGCUACCAGAAUACAGAUUUUUCGAAAAAAAAAUACAUUUUUAGGACUGAUUUCUCUUUUUUUUAGUUGGUAAUUGAAAUUAAAAUAAAUAUAUCAUAAAAUCGGCCUGUCUGUCCAGACGCGGCCAUACGUGACGUAGCGUUGAUGUUUGAAUGUUCAAAGUAAUCUAAGUGCUUGAGCGCUAAGUGCUUUGUGUUUAAGGCUUCUUUUUGUGCUUUAGCUUAAUGUAUAAUUAAAUCAGUAUAAAAAUAAAUAAUAAUAAAGUAUAAUUUAUUAUGUGAAAAUAUUGCCGAGGGCGUUGGUAAUUUAGCGUUUGAUUUAAACUAAAAUGUUACAAAGCACCCCUGAGUUUAAUUUAUCUAUAUUAUUUAAUAUGUGAGCUGUUUUUUUUCAAGUUAGUAAACAACUGGAAUUAUAUUAAAUGGUUAAAAUUAUCAUCUUUGUUUUUUCAUUUAAUUUCAUUUAAAUAUUUAAAGUUGAUUUCGUCCCGUAUUAUUUGAUAGUUUGAUCAAAUAAUACGGGACGAAUUCCAUACUUUUUGUCUGUUUGUGUGUUUUUGUCUGUAAAUUGGGGAAUUAGAAUUAAAAUAAAAUUUAUUGACUACAACAUUUAUUUGUAAAUGUGUCAAUGCAAUUCUACUAAGUUUAGCUUUAUCCACAUUAUUAAAUUUCUAGCGCCCUCUCGGAAAAGAAGCAAAUGUUGGGUCAAUAUUUGGUAUUGAAAAGUUACUUAAUUGAUAUAUAAUAUAUGUAUAAUGAAUAUAUUUUUGAUUCUCGAUUGUUGUAUUGAUGUCAAUGAAUGAAUGUAAUAAAUGAAUUGAAAAAUC